CUCGGGCAAGCCGAAGGCGCACAAGCAAGGAGGGAGAGCGAUGCUGUUCUCCGCCCUAGUAAUCGCGACUGUCCUUCACAUCAGAAGUGUGGUGGGGGACUCGAAGUCUGGGGUGGUGGACAUCCAGCCGUGCUCCGUGGCCACAGGAGUUGUGUCCCGCAGUCUUAGCAUCGCAUAUUCUCUCAAUGGCAACUUCUCCCUCUGCCCGGACCAGUCUUACCAGGCUCUGAGAGUGUCCACCUGGAGCGGUGGCGAUGGGGGAGGCCAGGACUACCCUCUGGUGUUUGUCACCAGACAAGGCAGGGCUGUCGACUCCUGGACCAUACCUUUCCAACCCCCCGAUUUUACUAUAGAUUUUGACGGUGUCAAUCGCACUCUCUGCUACAACAACAUGACAAGUGUCAGCAACAGCCUGGCAUAUGUUGACGUUUUUACAAGCUUUGGAGAAAAUGUUUCCUUCAACAUUGUGUUUGACCCUGUUCCCAACUACACCUUACAAAAAGACACUUGGUAUCCAUUUCAAGUCGGUGCAUCAACACCUCAGGUCCACGUGUUCAGAUUUCCUGAUGGGGUGAGGACAGUGACAGUCCAGGCUAAGGCUAGCAGUAGUCGCUGUGCUAUUCUCUCCGUUCAGAACGUCUCUUGUCCUAUCAAUGAUCUGUUGGAGGAGAUAAAGUCCAAAGGUCACUAUCAGACAAUGAGCACAGAUGGAUUUGUGACUAUAUCUAGAGACGUUUUCAAAUACAGCUCCUUUUUCGUUGUCCUGAUCACUACCAACUACUCAGAGUGCCACUCCAGUGACUAUGUCACCCUCUCUCCCCUCUAUGUCAAUGGAACUGUUCUUGGAUUUGAGCAGAGAAUAGAUGUCAUCAUUCGGCCUCUUCAAACAGCUCCGGUUUUUCCAAUUUUGUUCCCACUCAUCCUCUUUGGUGUCCUUUAUGCUAUCACACUCGUGUUCAUCGCUGUGGAAUGCUUAUUGAAAUGUCGGUGGUCUUUUCCUUGCAAAUGGGUGUACGUGAGAAAGACAAACGUUAGCCAAGAUGCAGAUGGAGAAAGACUUGUGCCCACAGAUAGAACUAUGGGAAGCUUGAACACGGGUGGAGAUCACUCUAGUGGAGACACUGCUGUUGAAGAUUCACUCCAGCUCCAUGUGAUGGAGAAGGCUGAACGAGAUUUAAGGCUGUCACAUCUGUGUGAAACACAGCUCAAGACUCUCCAGUCUCACUAUUCCGUUUACAGCUGGAAUACUGUGACUGUUGGGAUCUUCUAUGGCCUCCCGGCUUUUCAGCUGGUGCUCUCUCAACAACUGCUUGCAACCAGCAGUGGAGAGGAAGACCUGUGCUACUAUAACUUCAAGUGCUCUCAUCCAGUUGGUGUGCUGAGUUCAUUCAAUAAUGUUUGGAGUAAUGUUGGGUAUUUUCUACUUGGAGUUCUUUUCAUCAUCGUAACUUUCAUCCGGGAGACUAAGUAUACCCGUCUGAGAAAACAGAAAAGACCAUACUUUGAAAAACGAGGAAUACCACAGUUCUUUGGCAUUUACUAUGCAAUGGGACUGGCUCUAAUCCUGGAGGGUGUAAUGAGCUCCCUCUAUCACAUCUGCCCUACUAACGCCAAUUUUCAAUUUGACACUGCCUUCAUGUUCAUCAUUGCUGGGCUGAUACUGACCAAGGUAUUCCAGAACCGCCACCCUGACAUCCACACCAACUCUUUCAUCGCCUUUUUCUCCUUUGCCGUUGUCAUCUUCUUCACUCUCCUGGGAAUUCACUAUGACCAGAGGAACCCAGUGGCAGUUCGCUGCUCUCUGCUGGCCAUAACAGUUUUCAUGGUGGCUGGAUUCUUCACUUCCUUCUACUACUUUCAUCGCUGGAAACUAUCGAAGGCAAUGUUCAUAAAGGUGUUUGAGUCCUGGAAGUUCUUUAGCUGCAAACUUCUUCACCCUGUAAGUCCGCUUUUUAUAUCAAUCUAUCUGUGCAGAUUCAUUCUUGUGAUUCACUCGCAGAUCCGCUUUUUCAAGCUCUUUGGUGUGUUUGUGAUCAAUGUAAUAGUGUAAGUAUUGUUGCAGUCAAAGCAGGCAAAAGAUGCUUUUCGUUGCCUGCACAUAAUGUAUCCUUUGCAGGGCUAUUGUUGCUAUUAUUGGGAAUAAGUACAUCGACUUUGCGACAACCAUCUUGACAUUCUUUCUUCUGAAUGUGAUGCUUUUUCUCUCCAUGUAUGUCAUCUCAAAGAUGUGCUACAGAGAACCAUGGACACUACCGCCGAUGGUUCUCCCGAUCGUGGUGUGUGGGCUGUGGGCUGCCGCACUCUACUUCUUCAUGAACUCUCUCACCGACUGGAAGUUGACUCCAGCAGAGAGUCGUCAUCUGAACCGUCCCUGUUCCCUGAUGGGAUUCUACGACGAUCAUGACAUCUGGCACUUUCUCUCGGCAUUUGCACUCUUCUUUUCCUUCCUGUUUAUCAUGACCCUUGAUGACGGAAUAGCAGACUGGCAGUGGAAGGACAUCCAUGUCUUUUAGAGAACUUUUGUACACUGUAGCUGACACUUUUUAGCACUGUUUUGUGCGACUCGCACUGUAAACAACUAUAAAAGGGCAUCUGCGCAGCACGCGCGGUGGCGCGGUUUCGUACACCAAUUACGGAAUACGGUUACGUAGUAACGUGGGCGUA